GCCAGCUUUUGCGCGAAAGUGAAACAAACAUACCUAAAUUUACAUUUAUAUUAUAUAUAUAAAGAUAAAGACUAGCGGUAUAAUUUAUUUACAGACCCGUGGGAUCAGUUUUUUACGAGACACAAGGAUAGUGUCACUUCAAAUUAGAGAUUUUAAGAUUUGAUUUAGAUGUUCCGAGAUUUAUACCUACAGAAAAAAAAACAGCCAAAUUAAUCCACUUCUUCAUUGUUCUCAGGUCUGUGGUCAGGUCACAGACCAAUAAAUAUUGGGUUCAGUAAAAAAAAAAAAUAAGAAAAACGUUUGUAAAACCUGUGUAAAAACCGCAAGUAGAUCCUAAGUUUCCGUCAUUAGUUUUAGAAAUUGAGAAUUAAUUGGUUUAUCCAUUGGUUUACUCAUAACUGGCAUAUAAUAUAUUGAAAUGGAGGUCACUGAGGAAAAUUUGGCUACCCUUGCUAACUAUUUGCAGCAGACUCUGAACCUAGAUCCAAACAUUAGAAGGCCGGCCGAAAAAUUCUUGGAAGGUGUGGAAGUAAAUCAGAAUUAUGCAAUUCUACUGUUGCACCUGAUUGACAAGGAUUCUGCUGAUCUUACAAUAAGAGUAACUGCAGCUAUUACAUUUAAAAAUUAUAUUAAGAGGAACUGGCCAGUGGAAGAGGAUGGCGUCGACCGCAUACAUGCAUCCGACCGUGCAACCAUCAAGACCCUGAUCGUGUCACUAAUGUUGAAGUCACCAGUGGGUGUGCAGAGACAGCUUAGUGAUGCUGUGUCCAUAAUCGGCAAGUCAGACUUCCCCGAGAAGUGGCCAGGACUCAUCAGUGAAAUGGUGGAGAAGUUUGGUACAGGCGAUUUCCAUGUUAUAAAUGGUGUACUCCGCACCGCGCAUUCCCUGUUCAAGAGAUACCGUUACGAGUUCAAAUCACAGAAGCUCUGGGAGGAAAUUAAGCAUGUACUGGAAAAUAUUGCGAAGCCACUUACUGAUCUUUUUGUGGCAACAAUAGAUCUCACAAGCAAACAUGCCAACAACCCCCAAGCACUGAAGGUCAUCUACGGUUCUCUGGUGCUAAUAUGCAAGGUGUUCUACUCACUCAACUUACAAGACUUGCCGGAGUUCUUUGAAGACAACAUGUCUGUGUGGAUGCCCAAUCUCCUCAAUUUGCUGCAAGUCAAAGUACCUUGCUUAGAGACUGAUGACGAGGGCGUGAUGGAGCAACUUCGCACGGAGGUGUGCGAGUGCGCCGCACUGUACGCACUCAGGUACGAGGAGGAGUUCGCGCCGUACGCGCCCGCCUUCGUCAACGCCGUGUGGCAGGUUCUGCUAACCACUGGCGCAGAUCCCAAGUACGACGCGUUGGUUUCAAACGCAUUGAACUUCCUAUCGAAAGUUGCCGAGAAGAACAAUUACAAGAGCCUGUUCGAGGAUCCGGCUACACUCAGCAGCAUUUGCGAGAAGGUUGUCAUACCUAAUAUGCAAUUUAGAGAGUCCGACAUGGAAUUGUUCGAGGAAAAUCCUGAGGAAUACGUUCGUCGUGACAUAGAGGGCUCUGACGUAGACACGCGGCGCCGCGCCGCCAGCGACCUCGUGAGCACCCUCUCGGUGUACUACGAGGAUAAGAUGAUGAGCAUCUUCGGCCAAUAUGUGGAGAUGAUGCUGAACAAAUAUGUGGAGAGUGGAGGCAGUGCCUGGGUGGGCAAAGACACCGCGCUAUUCCUGGUGACGUCACUGGCGUCCCGGGGCGCCACUCAGGCGGCCGGGGUAACUAAGGCGUCUGCACUAGUGGACCUGACCUCCUUCGCCGCCAACCAUGUACUGCCAGAGUUGCAGAAUCCGAACGUGGCUAAACAGCCGGUGCUGAAGGCUGAUGCCAUUAAGUACUUUAUGAACUUCCGGUCGCUGCUACCCCGGGAGUUGAUCAUCACAGCAUUACCGCUACUGAUCCAGCACAUAACCGGUCGCGGCGUGGUGUGCACAUACGCCGCAUGCACAGUGGAGAAGCUGAUAGCUGGCAAAAUGGUGCCACGCGAGGUGCUCGAACCCCACGCCCCGGCGUUGCUUUCCGCGCUAUUUGCAUCGCUGGGCCAGCAGGACAACCCGAGUGAGCACAACGAGUAUGUCAUGAAGGCGGUGCUGCGUACCCUAGCUGUUCUGCGGGAAGCGGCGCUGCCGUACUUGGGCGAAGCGCUGCCCAAACUGGCGGGUAUGCUGGCCGUGGUGGCCAAGAACCCCUGCAAGCCGCACUUCAACCACUACCUGUUCGAGAGCCUCUCGCUUGCAGUGCAGCUAGUGGUGAAGUCGAAUCCAAAUGCCAUAACAGCGUUCGAGGACGCCCUGUUCCCGAUAUUCCAGGAAAUACUUCAAAACGAUGUGCAAGAAUUCAUGCCGUACGUAUUCCAAAUGUUGUCCCUACUACUGGAGAUGAGGGGCAGCGGGGCCGGCGGUGCGGGGGACGCGGGGGCGGAGGCCUACGCCGCUCUGUUGCCGUGUCUCGUGGCCCCGCCGCUGUGGGAGCAGACGGCGAACGUUCGGCCACUAGUGCGCUUACUCUGCGCAUUCGUGGCCACACGCUCCGAGCGCGUGCUUGCUGAUGGCAAGUUGAACGCGAUGCUGGGAGUUUUCCAAAAGUUGAUCGCUUCGAAAACGAACGACCACGAAGGUUUCUACCUCAUCCAGACUAUGUUGUACAAAUUCGGCGAAUCAGUGAUGCAGCCGUACACUAAACAGAUCAUGUCGCUGUUAUUCCAACGUUUGUCUUCGUCUAAAACCACCAAGUACAUCCGCGGCCUGAUAGCUUUCCUCGGCUUCUUCUCAGCGCACUACGGCGCAGACACUCUGAUCGACCUGGUGGACUCUGUGCAGGGAAACAUGUUCGCGAUGUACGUUGAACGCGUAUUGGUGCCGGACCUGCAGAAAGUGACUGGCGAAUUGGAGAUCAAGUCCGCGGCCGUUGGGUGCGUCAAGCUGCUCUGCGACAGCAGACACUUCCGGGAGGGCGGCCUAGCGAGACUGUGGACGCCGGUGUUACAGGCCCUGAUAGACCUGUUCCAGCUGCCCCCAGACGAGACCACAUCACCGGAGGACCACUUCAUCCAAGUGGACGAUUUACCGGGCUACCAACCUCAGUAUGCUCAGCUAUCUUGUGCCAAGUCCAACACCAAUGACCCCUUAGCGAGUAUAGACGACCCGAUACGCUACUUAGCGGAGAGCCUGGCCACCGUGUCCAGGACUUACCCCGGACUGCUGCCACCUCGUGUGUCCGCCUUGGACGAACCACACCGCAAAACGUUACACAGAUACCUGACUGUAUACAACGUGCAGCUGUGUUGAGAUGGCAUAAAAAAAUAAAGAUUGCGUGCUAAAGACCGCACGGCAGAAGUGAAAAACAAUAACUGUGCUUUUUAUAAUCUUAAUAAUGUUUAUGAUGUUUUUUUUCAAUAUAACGAUAAACCGCUAACACACUUACCUCACAAUGCGAACCAAAUAAUUGUAAAAACAAUUAUGAUUAACGUACCAACAAUAAUCACUAAUUAAUUGACAAAGACAAUUAUUAGAUAUGAAUUGAAUAAACUAAACACAGCGAAGAGCUGAUGAGCUGACUGUAUUUUCUCGCUCGGGUACACUCGGCGGUCCCGAGUUAACCCAAUCGAGCCUUUCACCUCAGAGCGUGACGGUUCAGCCUAACUUACUAUCUACGGAAAAAUCUGUGCAGUGCGCCGAAAGAAGUUUUCUUUUCGAAAUUCAAUAUUCCAUACGUCCCACCGCUAUGCACUAUGAUAGGCAGGAAAUAAGAAUGAGAUCCUCCGAUUCUAUAAAUAUAUAUUUUUUUUACGAACUAACCAAAUGAGUCACCUGAUGGUAAGUGGAAACCAUCGCCUAUAAACAUGCAAUGUAUGGGCAUGCAAAUAACAUGUCCUACAAAUUCCCACCCCGUGUCCAUGGCGGGAGUACUUCCCCGGACGGGUCCGUCACAAAGAGAUCUACUACAACUAGUAUAUCCCCUGACAAGGCGAUUCGAUUUACGUGUCAACCUGCCAAAGCAUAGCAACAGAUAAUAAAAGUGGUGCAGGGGUUCUAAUUUUUGAAUAAUAUUACCACACAUGCUUGGAGGGUUUAUAAAAUUGUGGGAGAAGAUAAAGUUUUGUCAUUUCCCCAGGGAGAACAAUGUCCCCUGCCAAUACUAGCCGUGCUGACCUUGAAGGGGAGAGGGAAUAAAAGCAUUGAUCCACUACACUGCUCAAAUGUGAGUUGGUGGGGUUUUGAUAGCUUAACAUAAUUCGACAGAACAUCACGCAAUUAAAGAUUUUAAUUCGAAUAAGUGCAAAUGUCUGCAAACUAUUGUGUUGUUGUACCAUUGCAUGCUAUUUUUUUUUAGAUUGGAUGGAGAUUUCAGUACUACGUUUGUGUGAUGUGAGGUUUCGGUCGUGGCUAGUUACCACUACCCACAAAAGCGUGUAGCCAAAUCGUUUCAGUAAGAUGCCACGUAGAAAUCGAUUAGGGGUAUUGCGUUGGCCCGCUACCAUAUACGCAUCACCACUUCACUAGGUGAGGAGGGCUAUUAUUAGUGUAAAAAAAAGGUCACUUCAAAAAAAUCCACCAGCCUAUUCAUUAGAUUACUCUGAACUUAAAAAUUAAGCCCAUCGGUCUGGAUUGGAGCAACUUGGUGGCACACCUAACCUCUCUUGCUCCUGAGAGGGGAUAUAUCACGUGUGACAUCAAAAAGUACUUGUAGUAAUUGAGUUUCGUCAUUUUUUUUAAAUGCAGGACGGAUUUUUGCUAAAUAUCACUUUAGCUUGAUCUUGCCACUAGGGAACCAGGAUUUAUAAAGUGUUUGGUGGGUUAUCUUUAUUUUGAAUUUACACUGUAAGUUAAAUUCCCAGAAUCACAUGACCUUCUUACUGGCCCGGGUAAACAAAUCUACGAAUAGCUAGUAAAAUAUUAAAUGUAUAGCCCAAUUCAAGAAAUCCAAAUUACUUGACACAUUGCCUUUAUUAAUUAUUUCGCUCACAUUAAAAUAGAAGUCUAAUAUCCUUUUAAUAUUAUAAUAUUUGUCACAUUUCAUAUUGAAAUCUUUGCUAGAAUAAUUUAAAACUUUGUUAUGCCAGUUUUAAAGCGGGCAUAGGGAUUUCUGGAAUUGGCCCAUUCAAUUCAACUUUGUUAUAUGUAUAUCAUAUUGUUAUCUGUUCAGAAUAUGUAUUCAACUUCAUUUUGGAGCUAAAAUUCCAGUGUAUAACACUGAUAAAAAAAUGUUAAUGUUUUUAUAAUAUUCACCACAUAUUGUAACGAUUUAAAUUCAGCAUACGAAUGUAAACUUUUGUUAAAAGGUAAACCACAGAUUUAAGGACAUACAGAAAUAGUAAAAACGGCCCGGCAACGUUUCACUUUUCGCCGGAAUGUUGCAAGCAACUGCUAAAUGGAGUAAGGUGACUAACUUUUUGUUCGAGAAACACUACUAAAGUGGAGUGGUUUUUGAUGCUCCAAUAUUAGUCUUGUACAUGAUUUCUGUAUGUUCUUACUUUAGGGAUGUAAACGAUCUAUUCAUAACUCUAAAUUGUGAAAGUGUGUUUUAAAAAUAGAAUUAAAACUAAACAGUGAUUGUCUUUUUUUAUUAUGUUACUAUAUUGUUUAAUAAUUUUUAAACUUAAUUUACAGUAAUACCAAAAGAUUGAUGAUACAAUAUAAUGGUCGUUUUUAAAUAAAAUGUACUUACUAUAUUCACCAAAUUUUGUGGCGUCGAAUUUGACAAGUUCUAAGAGUUCAUCAAAGUGACAUAAUUCCAUUGGGAAUUCUACAACACGUUAUAUUAGCUCUUUAUA